AAUACAGUUUCCUAGAAAGUUGUAAUAAAAAUAAAAAAAGAAGAACAUUUCCCCAAGUGGUCUUACCAGUAAGGAGAGAGCACCAACUGGAGCGAUAAAGAUAGGAGUGACUGAAGAGUGAGAUUCAAAUUAAAAAAAAAAAAAAAUCAAAAAAAUCAAAACAAGAAGCGAGUAAAGAGGAAGAGGAGGAUCUCCCUUCUUCUUAUCUACUUAAAGCUCUGAUCUUUCUCUCUCUCUUGCUUGCUCUGUUCUUCUUCUUCUUCUUCCUCCUCUGUUUUCGAAACCCUAAAGUUAGUUCCUUUGGAGUGAAGCAGACAGACAAUGGAUUCCGGCGACCCGACAACUUUGCUUUUAACGAAAAUAAGGAUCUUGGAGCCAGAUUACGCUCCGAAGAUCAUAGGGUAUCUUCUCUUACAAGACUUUAGCGAGAAGGACUUGAUGCGUCUCGCUCUUGGACCUGAGACAGUUCUUCAGUCCAUUAUCUUAAAAGUGAAGGGUCAGUUAGGUCUCUUCACCUCGCCUUCUACUCCGACGUCUCCUUCUCCGUUUAACCCCAUCUCUCGUCCACCCAUCAACGGCCGAGGAGGAGGAGGGAGCCCUCUCUCUAAUGGGUUUAUGGAUUUCAGAAGAAACUCUCCGUCUUCUUCUCCUUCCCCCACCUCUCCAUGGUCAGUCAACAGUGUGGGCCUUGCUAAUGGAAGCAUCUUGAAGCCCUUGAGCUCUCACCAAAGCAACGGAGAUGCUGCUAGUGCUGAAUCUGAUUUGCUGGAAGAUCAGCAGCUCAAUGAUUACCUUUCGUUUCUAGAUGAUUCGAAAACCGAGGAAGCUGUAGAUCUUACAGACUACUCUGUUGACAAUGGAGAGACCCAUCUGCUUCACAGGAGGAGUUUCUCGGCAGAUGCGUCUUUUGGGUCUGGAGAAGAUGGGUUUGGCGCUGGAUUCAAACCUUGUGUGUAUUUCAGUAGAGGGUUGUGUAAGAACGGAGAGAGCUGCAAGUUUGUCCAUGGAGGGUUUCCGGAUAACGUUGAUGGUAAUGGCAUUGUGGCUGAUUCGUCCAGGAAAGUUGAGAGCUUUGGUAGGCAGCAUGAGGAGAUGAUGAGGUUGAAGAUGGCUUAUCAGCAGCAGAGGCUGGCUUCUCAGCUCCUUGGUAGGGUUCCUCAGAUGUCUUAUGAGAAGAGAAUGGAGUUUCUCUUGCAUCAGCAUGCUCACAGAGAUGGUGCAUUGCCUUUUGGUGAUGAGAGAUACUGGAGCAGCAGCCCGGGAAGGCUUGAGAGGAUGGAGCUAAUGGCAAUGCAGUUUGGUGAUCUGUCUAACUCGGCAGCUAGACAGAUUUAUUUGACAUUCCCUGCUGAGAGCACGUUUAAGGAUGAGGACGUUGCUACUUACUUCAGCCUUUUUGGAACAGUGCAAGAUGUGCGGAUACCAUACCAACAGAAGCGUAUGUUUGGCUUUGUUUCAUUUGCUCAGCCUGAGACUGUGAAGGUUGUACUAGCUAGAGGGAAUCCUCAUUUCAUUUGCGACUCACGUGUUCUUGUCAAACCGUACAAAGAAAAAGGCAAAGCCUUUGACAAGAAGCAUCAGUAUCUGCUACAGCAGCAGAUGGAGCGUGGGAAUUACUCCCCAUGUUCCAGUCCAUCUGGGAUUGAUCCUGAUCCCCAACUUGGUUCGAAGAUGUUCUAUGAGAGGAGGGAGAUGAUGAGAAGGAAAAUGGAGGAAGCUGAGCUGCACAGAGCUAUUGAACUUGAAAGAAGACGCGUCAUUAAUUUGCAGCUUCCUGAGUUCAAGAAUAGUGGAGGAGUGUCUAAUCAUCACCGUAGCUUCUCCGUGGGGUCUCCUGGUUAUUUUCCAUCUGCCAUCAACCAAAGCCCUGAUAUUCAAUCUGAACUCACUAGUGCAGAUGCUUUCAAAGUAGUUGAUGAGACCAACUCAAAGAGUAUUAACAGCAAUAACUACUCAAACGGUGCAAAAGAAGGGACCAACGAGAGUGAAACCGACACUGGAAGCCCUAUAGAGCUUGUUCUUCCUAGUAAUCUCUUCCCUUCUGCAACAGCUACUGAUGAUUCUGCUGAAACUAAUGCAAAUGCUGGAGUCUCCGUCUCCUCUACUAAUGGAGAUGAGCCACCAGCCACUACCAGUAACCUGAUGCAGUAGGCUUCUUCACCUCAUAAAUGCCAAGGGUCUUUUUCUUCUGAUGGAUAAGAUGAGGCUACAAGAAGUGUAUGUAAUAAAGACAGUAAAAAAGGCAUACACAAGGAAGUAGGAUAAUGUAUAUGUAAGCUAUAUAUAUAUAUAUAUAUAAAUGGAGAAACAGAAAGAAGGUAGGAGAGAUGAUGAUAAUAUCGCAUGAAGAUCGCAAUCAGAUGAUACUAUACUACUAACAAGCGGUUGCGUGAGACAUACUUUUAAAAGGACAAAUAUCUAUAUGGAUAACUUUAUUUUGUGCUUUAAUUUCACUUUGCUUUGGUUUCUCAUGUGGUUGUUCCGGUUUGUGUUGGGGGAGGGGUAAUAGACCACAUGAGUCUCUGAUUGUACCAAAGAAGAAUAUAAGGUUCUGCAACAUUAUAUAUAUAUUAUCAUUAAGCCGUUU